GACGAAAGCGUUUUUCGAUAGUUUCAAUAUCAGCACGAAUGAUCGAGGCUGAUGCGAUCAAAGAAAAUACAAGUAGCGCAAGAAGAAGACCUUUCAUGUUUGUACCUUUAGAGAAGCAGCAAUUUUACAAUUUUAUAAAAAUAAGCAAGGUUCGUAUGUGUUAACGGUAAAAAAGAAAAAGUGUGGAAACACAGAUAUUGACAAACUAAGAUUGCCCCUCCUUGAGAUGUCGCACACAGAACUUUGCGUAUCACUCUCAUACAAGAGUACUGUGCAUAAGGAACGUGUCGGUUCUGGGUGUUCUACAGGAGUGAAAAGAUAAUCAAUUGAUUUGAAUUUGAUUGGAGGAUGGUCCUUACGUCACUUUGUCUAAUUCUUACAUCAUAUUACAUUAUUUUAUAGAAUGGAGACUUCUACAGCGUUUUACUGGGGCUUUGCUAUUGUAUUUCUGUUGUUGCUUCGACGGUUGAUGAAACGAAAAGUGAUUGAUCUGCGUGGUCAGAAGGUGCUGAUUACUGGCGCAGCCAGUGGAAUCGGCCGUAUGCUUGCACAAGAUAUGGUGAAGAAGGGGGCUGUCGUAAUCCUCUGGGAUAUCAACAAAUCGAUGUUGCAGGACACGGAGAAGGAGUUGAAGCAAAUUCAGCCUGAUGCUUCGGUCUAUAGCUACACGGUGGAUCUAAGCGACCGCGAAAACAUCAAGGAGGUCGCUGGUAAGGUGAAGAAGGAAGUGGGGGAUAUCGAUGUUCUGGUGAACAAUGCUGGAAUUGUAACCGGAAAGUCGCUGUUCAACAACAACGAGGCGUCGAUUCAGCGAAUUAUGGAUGUGAACACGACUUCUCAUUUCUGGACGAUUCGGGAAUUCGUGCCAGCCAUGAUGGAGAGAAAUCGAGGAAGUGUGGUUGCUGUAGCCUCGAUGGCCGGCAUGGUGGGUACUGCGAAUCUGAACGAUUAUUGUGCCUCCAAAUUUGCUGUGGUCGGUUUGAUGGAGUCUCUGAGUGGCCAAGUCUACAACGAGGGCAAGACAGGAGUUCAUUGCACAGUUAUCUGCCCAUAUUACAUUGAUACUGGAAUGUUUGCUGGUGUGAAUCCCGGAAUGCUUCCCUUGCUGACUCCUCGCUAUGUGGUCGAUAAGAUGAUGCAUGCAAUCGAGUACGGAGAACACUUUGUAACCUGUCCUCCGAUUUUGGGUCGUGUGGUUUACAAUAUCCUUUGA